AAGCGACUCGUAUUAUUAAGGUUGCGGGCACAAUCUCUUUAGAACCCAACUGAUUCCGGACAGCAUGCCAAAAGACGACACGUCAGAAUCGGAAGCCGAGCAAACCUCUGCGAACUCCUCCGGCUCGGAGGAGGGGGAAAACGCAGUCGAUGGGCAACAACAUGAAGGAAUGGCAGAUUACGAGAAGCAGAGGCUAUCAAGAAUUGCAGAGAACAGGGCAAGAAUGGAAGCCCUGGGUCUGCGCAAAAUGGCUUCCUCGAUCAUGGGUUCCUCUCGGAAUUUGAGGUCGAAUAAGGGGAAAGCGAAGGUUGUUGAGGAAGAUGAAGAUUAUAGGCCUGAGGAAGAGGGACCCAGUUCUUCUAGUGAAGAAGAACAAGGGAAUGAGGAUGGGGAUUAUUUGGGUGAAAGAACUUCUGUGUCACAACUAAAAAAGUUGAAGAAGAAAGGUCCGACACCGAAGAAGAAAGCUGCUGCUCAAAAGCAUCCAAGUAAUUCAGAUUAUGUGGAUGACGAUGAAGCGAUGAGGCAGGCCAUUGCUCUUUCUCUUCAAACUUCUGCAGAAGCUUCGAGUGUGGUACGUAAUAGGUCUUCAGGGAGAUCUGAAAUAAAGGGAAAGACACAAAUUCAGGAAGAUAAAGCAAUGAGGAAGAGGAAAAAAUCGUUUGCUAGUCGGCUGCAGAUGACUGAGGAUGAACUAGUUCUGCACUUCUUUCAGUUUGAUGAUGAGUGGAAAGGAGGCAUUUCGAUUAGGGAUGUAGAAAGAGUGGCAAAUGCUCAUGACUUUACGUGGAGCGACAAGGAAUUGGCCGACAUGAUCAAUUGCUUCGACAGUGAUGGAGAUAGAAAGCUAAGCCUCGAUGAUUUUCGGAAGAUUGCUACACGUUGUAACAUGAUAAAAGAAUGCGAAGAUUCUUGACGCUUCAAAAUCGAUGGCCAUCCAAUUCCACAAGUUCUGUUUACUGCAUAUAUGGAGGAUGUAGCAAUAUAUAUAUAUAUAUAUAUAUAUUUAAUUUUUUUAAUUUUAUUUUUUUCUGUUACAUGAUAUACUUUCUUGUGACCGCUUCAAAUAUUGUCAGAAAAUUAUGGUUUCGGUUUAAGUAUUGCUUAAUCGAAUUUAAACCAUGUUAUCUUACA